GGCCGCCUCUAGGAGGCGCCGAAGGCUGCGGGGCUCAGCCACCUGGCCACUCUAGAAGAGGCUCUCGCCGGGGACCUCGCCUGAGGGAGGUCACGGCAGCGGCGAGAAUGCGGGAAACCGCGGAGGAUGGAGGAGCUGAAGGAGGAGGGCGAGGAGGAGAUUCAGGAGCACGGGCCCGAGCGUUGGCUCCCCAGGUGGGAGCGGCAGUGCCAGGCCCAGGCAGAGCAGGACCAGCAACUGUCCCCUGAGCUGCAGGAGGCGGCGGCCUCCGCGAAGCCCCAGCACCAGCUGCACCAGCUGUGGCACCUCUUCCAGGACUCAGCCACCGCAGUGGCCCAGCUCUACAAAGACCCCGUGUGUCAGCAGCCAGCACUUUCUGUGUGUUCCCUUUCAAAACGCAACUACCGCUGACACCAACCUCUACCAAAAAAGCGUGGAGACCCAUCAGCGAAGUUUUGAUUUUGGAGUUCAGAUUGCUAUCAGUGAGGCAAUGAGGGUGCGCUGGCUUGGGAUCAAAAACGCAGAAGAACCAGAUUUCAUCAGCUUCCAGGGUGGAAAGUUACCUCCAACAACAAACUCUAGAGCUCCCCAAGACUGACUGGAGUGUCCCCAUUCCGAGUUACUUCAAAGGAAACUUCUCAUCUGGAGAGACUGAUUUGUAACCCUUCCUGGAGGCAGGAGCUCAGCAUAUUUCUGUAGAAAAUUGGAGAAGAGUGUGCCUGUGGACCCAUUUUCACGUUUAGGUUUAGAUCCAGAUAGAUUUUUUUUUUCCUAUUAGAGUCAACACUUGUUCUAGAAAUGUUGAAAUAAAAUGUAAGAAUAUUGAAAUAUAAUGUAAGAACCUAACUGCAAUUUUUGACUGUUAGAUAGCCUAUCCUAAAAAUAUUUUUAUAAAGUUUGAGCUUA